AUGGCAUCUACAUCGAAACCAUCGAUGCCAUGCAUCGCAUUCCCGAAUCCUUCCUCUGUCUCCUCGACCCCAUUCACCUUCGAGCGGCGCCAUUUCACGCAAAAAUCACUCCCAGACGACUUUCCGUACGAGGCCAUCCGCGACAACGGCCUUCAGGUGCACUACUUCGAGUUUCGCGGCCAGGGCGCUCCCCCGGACGACGUGGGGCACCCAGGCGACGUCUGGCUGAACCUCAAGCCGGGCGAGUACGCGCUCCACGCGCGCCUCGCGACGGAAUGGGUGCUCUGGCCGGGCCCACGCAAGGCGAAGAAGCAGAUGUUCGCGCACCCGCUCGUCGACGGCCGCUAUCUCUGGUGCACGCGCAAACACGUGUUGUGGUACACGUGCGACGGGAUCCGGAAGAGCGCAUCGCUGCAGAUGCGUGGCGAGGAGGAGGACUUUGGGCGCCGCCGGUACCGCACCGUGGGCCCGAUGGAGCGCGGGGGCUCGCGCGCUGGGGACGACGGCGUCUCGAGGAUGCCGCUGCGUACGGCGGCGGAGGCCAUCGCGAAGAUACUGGAGAUGGAGGAGGAAGAACGGAGGAACGGCCGGGAGCCUCCUGAGCCGAAGCGCAGACGAAUACGGGACGCGGACUCUGCCUCCGUCGGGAGCUCGACGCGCAGUGCAAAAACGAGAGAGGGCGGGUCGGAUCAGCAGGAGUCUGCUGCUCCUGUGUCAGCUGAGCCGUCGACGUCGACCGCGAUACCCCAGCCCCAGCCAUCUCAGCCGCCGACCGACCCACAUCUUCGCCAGCCCUAUAAUACCCACACCUUCCCUUUACAAUCGACGCCAUCGUCUUUGAGUCAGGCGCUCGAGCCCCCUGUAAAUAUCACAGUCCAGCCGCCCAUCUCCCGCCCCGUCGUAGCGCCCGCCGCAUCUCAGGCGCGAAUACCGUACACACAGCCGCCGACCGUCGCCGUCGUCCCUGUGACGGCCCAGGCCGUGCAGACCUCUGCCCCCAUCCCCACGACAGCUCUGCGCAUGCUGGAGGGCGAAAUCCACCGCAUGCGAGAAGAGACGCGGCGUCUGAGCGAGGAAAAUCGCAGGCUCAAUGAUGAGAACACGCGCCUGACGGAGGAGAACCGGCGGUUGCGCGCGCAGCCCUCUGCCCUCUGUCCGCCGGACUUAAUUAGCGCGGUCAAGGAUUCGAUGGCAUCCACGCUCGGGUCCCGCGUCGCUGGCCUCACCGUGGAACUGCAGGAGCAGCGUGCGGCGCGCGCGGAGGCAGAGCGCAAACUCGGCGAGUUCCAGGAGCAGCUGAGAAAGAUCACCCAGGCUUUUCAGCUCCCUGUGAUGGCGCCUGCAGAGAACACGGCGCUCAGCACGCCCGGGCCCAGUCCCCGGCUAGCCUCGUCCGAAACAUGA